UGCGGAGGCGUGGCUUCACCGCCGCCGCCGGGGCCUGGGACCCGGAUGGCCGUUUAGUCGGUGCUUAGACGCCGAGGCUGCCACAUCGGGCCUUGGACAAAUUACAAAGCAGGGGGGAGGGGGGGGAUAGCGUAAUCCGCCUCCAUCCUCCGCCUGGGACGCCCUUCCGCCCCCGGGAAGCUCGCCUCCGGAGAGAGCGGACCGAGCCCGAUCCGACGAGCAGAGGCACGUUUCGUGGGGAGCCAGGAGGAACCAUCGUACUCAAUGACCUUACAGCGCAAUGUCAGAUCGUUUGGGGCAAACAGCAAAGGGGAAGGAUGGAAAAAAGUAUUCGUCACUCAACCUGUUUGAUACAUACAAGGGCAAGUCCUUAGAGAUCCAGAAACCCACAGUCACUCCCCGCCAUGGCUUGCAGAGUCUCGGUAAGGUUGCCAUUGCCCGGCGCAUGCCACCCCCUGCGAACCUGCCGAGCUUAAAAGCGGAGAACAAAGGCAAUGACCCCAAUGUCUCACUAGUGCCGAAAGACGGGACAGGAUGGGCAAGCAAGCAGGAACAGCCAGACCCAAAGAGUACCGAUGUCUCGACAGCUCAGCCGCCGGAAUCGCAGUCGCCGCCGGCUUCACAGACGCCUGCCUCAAACCCACCGAAACGACCCCCAACAGCCCCCGAGAAUCCCCCUACAGUAGCAAGCGGGGUAAAGUCUUGGGCACAGGCCAGCGUUACCCAUGGAGCGCAAGGAGAUGGUGGAAAGGGAUCAAGCCUACUGUCGCGAUUCUCUCGCGAGGAAUUUCCGACCCUGCAGGCGGCUGGCGACCAGGACAAAGCUGGCAAAGAAAAGGACACUACCGAUGCGUCGUAUGGGCCCGGACCAAACCUCCGCCCCCAGAACGCAACCAGUUGGCGGGAUGGAGGCGGGCGGGGCGCCGACGGGGAGCUGCUGCCUGAGGAUGGGCGGGCCGGGGUCGGCAUGCAGCCCAACGUCCCGCCUCAGUUCCCUCCUUACCGGGGGAUGAUGCCGCCAUUUAUGUAUCCCCCGUACCUCCCGUUCCCGCCUCCGUACGGGCCACAGGGCCCGUACCGCUACCCCACAGCGGAAGCACAGAGGUUCCAGAGGGUCCCGGGACCCCGCCCCUCACAACCUCCGCUGCGCUUGCCGGAGCCGGUGAGCAGGCCGCCCGUCCUCAAGCAGGAUGACCUGAAAGAGUUUGAUGAACUGGACCAGGAGAACGAUGAAGGCUGGGCAGGAGCCCACGAAGAAGUGGACUACACUGAGAAGCUGAAAUUCAGCGAUGAAGAAGAUGGGAAAGAUUCUGACGAAGAAGCCACUGAGAACCGGAACGAUGAGGCCUCUGGCCCUGAAAGCCAACUGUCGGCCCCAGAAACAAAGAAGGCCGGAACCCCGAAAGAGGAUCAGCCUCCCGUGAGGCUGGCCUGGGCUGAAAACUCACGUUCCCAAGAGGGCACCAAAGAGCCACCGCCACCCUCCCCUGCGGCCCGGCCCCCGCCUCCACCACCUCCCCCGCCCAACCGGGGCAACUGGGGGCAACCCAAUGACUUCAUGGACCGCUCUCUGCGGCCGCCACCCCCGGAAGAUGAGGACGAGGCCUGGCGCCAACGGCGGAAGCAGUCCUCCUCCGAGAUCUCCGCCGCGGUGGAGCGGGCCCGGCGUCGGCGAGAGGAAGAGGAGCGCCGGAUGCAAGAAGAGCGGCGCGCAGCCUGCGCUGAGAAGCUCAAGCGGCUGGACGAGAAGUUUGGGGCGCCCGACAAGCGGCUGAAGCCCGAGCCCCCCAAGGAGCCGCCUCCCCCUCCCCCAGCUCCUCUGCCGGUGCCCCCCGCCCCACCGGCCCCACCGCCCCCACCGCCCCCCCUAGAAGAGAAGAGGGAGAAGGAGGAGCCAGUUUUAACUAGCAAGGCUCAUGGGACUGUUGGUGGCAGUGGUGGGAGCAGCCUGGAGUCAACCAGUGCAGGUGAGGGAUUCCAGCGUGGUGCCGUGCCGCCACAGGCUCCUCCCCCUAAAGAGGUUCCCGAGGUGAGGGAAGAGGCCAUGCCUUUAUCCGGGCCUGCCCUCCCGGCAGCCGCCCUCCCGCCCAAGAUUGAGCCCAAGGUAGAGACGGUUCUUCAGACUCGCCAGCCGCCUCCAGCCCAGACUCUCGGCUACUCAAAGUAUCAGAAGUCCUUGCCUCCUCGCUUCCAGAGGCAGCAGCAGGAGCAGUUGUUGAAGCAGCAGCAGCAGUGGCAGCAGCAGCACGGCCAGGCCCAACCCACGAUGACGUCCUCCGCGCAGCAGCAGCCUGGGCCGCCAGGGCAGCAGCCGGCCCCAGCCCCGCCUCCAGCGCAGCAGGCUCCGCCCAAAGGCAUGUACCCGGGCUCCAUUGGACGGCCUCCACCCAUGCCGCAGAUGAACUUCGACCCUCGCUGGAUGAUGAUCCCCCCCUACAUGGACCCACGCAUGAUGCAGGGACGGCCGCCCAUGGAUUUCUACCCGCCUGGGGUGCACCCUUCUGGUCUUCUGCCCCGCGAGCGAUCCGACAGCGGGGGCUCCAGCUCAGAGCAGUUUGACCGUCACCCUCCCAUCCUUCGCGAGCGGGGCACCCCACCAGUCGAUCCCAAGCUGGCCUGGGGCGGAGAUGUCUUCACAAAUGCCCCCUCAAGCGCAGACUCGCGGUCUCAAGUGGCGUCACAUCGGCAGGAGGAGGAGGAGAAGGGGCUGAGGAGCGAGACGCCUCCAGUUCGCCUGCGUGAGGCCAUCACACCCCAGCCCUACAUGGGGAACUACCAAGGCUUCUCUGAAAAUGGCAAUUCCGCCCCACUGCAUCGCUUCCCAGGGGACGAGUCGCCACGGCCGGGGGGGCCCUGGCAGGGCAGCGUGGCUCUGACUGUACCAGCCGAGGUGAGCAGAAACGGACGCCCCGAAUCCCAAGUGAAGCCGCCCCACAGAGGCGAGGAAGAGCCCCAGCUGCUGCAUCGCAAUCCUCCCGAAGAGAUCAAGUCCGUUGAGCCUCCAGUCAUCCGGCCUGUAGUUGUUAAGAAACCUCCCUUGGAACCGUCUAAAGAGGAGGCUCCACCCAAAGAGGAAGGCCUGCGCCGAGCGGAGAAACCGCCACGACAGCAGCAUGAGUUCCACAAGCAGCCACGGCGCGAGUCCAAGACCGAGACGCGCUGGGGUCCCCGUCCGGGCAGCAGCCGAAGAACGGAGGAGGUUGUCGGGGACAAGGCACCACGGCGAGCUGGGCCCAUCAAGAAGCCCCCUCCCCUUAAGGAGACAAAAGAUGAGAGCGAGGAGAUGCGUCCCGGGGGGAAGGCCAAGGAGGGUGGGGAGCCAGUGAGCAGCAAGCCUGAACCUCCUAAAGAGUCUUUGAAACCAGGCAAGGAGAACAAGGCAAAGCCCAUGGUGAACGGCGGGACAGUGAUGCCACCCAAAGAGCAGCAGCAGCAGGGAGCGCUGUCGCCAAGCCGAAGGCGGCGGGAGGGCCCCUAUGAUCGCGGUGGCUACACCGGCCGUGGUCGAGCCAGAGGCCGAGGAGAGUACUUUGCCCGAGGGCGAGGUUUUAGGGGUGCCUAUAGUGGGCGCGGGCGAGGUGGCCGUGGCCGGAGCCGGGAAUUCCGCAGCUACCGCGAACCUUUUUACCGGCUGGACGACGGCCCCAGCAAAGUCACCGGCCAGGGCUCCACCUUCCGCCCGCGCAACACCAGCGAGACACGCAGUGAGGGCUCCGAGUACGAAGAGAUCCCCAAAAGGCGGCGCCAGCGUGGCUCAGAGACGGGAAGCGAGACACACGAAAGCGCCAGCGAUGUGGCCCAUUCGGACAAGGAAGUCACCAAAGAGCCAGCCCCAAGCCAGCGUCAUAGGGGCGCCCCCAUGACUUCGGCACACUCUUCCCAGCCCCCCGGCUUGCCUCGCUUUGCUGACAAGAUGCCCCCGCGCCUCUCAGACGCUGGCACUCGUGGCGGCCGCGUCUUCACUCCCCGGGGCGUCCCCUCACGUCGGGGCCGAGGAGGUGGCCGUGCACCCCCUGGUGGAUGGAGUCCUCCAUCUAAGCCACAGCCCAACAAGAAACCCGAGAAGCAGCAGGAGGUAGUGCUGGAAUCUUCAGGAAAGGAAAAGGCUUUGCCGGGGCCCCCGUUGAUGGCCCCCGAAGAACCCAACAGCUUCCAAGCCCCUCCUAAACAACAACAACAGCAGCAGCAGCAGCUUGGCCCUGGCCCAGACCGCAAUUUCGAUAGGCCUCCCCGACGUCGUCGUCACGGGCGUUCCCAGCAACAGGACAAGCCACCCCGGUUCCGGCGACUGAAACAGGAGCGAGAGAAUGCGGCCCGACUCAACGGCGAGCAGAGGGUCAGCCAGCCCUUUUCCCCAGUCCCUUCUGCCCCGCUCCCGGAGGAGUCGGUUGCCCGGCGAGCCGCAGGCACAAAAUCUCCCGAUCUGUCCAACCAGAACUCAGAUCAGGCGAAUGAAGAAUGGGAGACGGCUUCAGAGAGCAGUGACUUCACCGAGCGCCGGGGAGGUGGCGAGAAGGAGCCAGCGCCUGGCGGGCCUCCCCCCACCGCAUUUCUGAAAGGGGGCUGUUCUGGCCCUCCUUCCAUGGGCGGGCGGGCUUCCAGCAACGAGCUGAGCUUGGCCCAGCGCAAGGAGAUGUCCAAGCGCAGCUUCUCCAGUCAGCGGCCUGGCAUGGACCGGCAGAACCGGCGCUCGAACCCUGGUCCUGGCGGAGGAGGCAAGGCUGGUCGCGGAGGGGCCGGCAGUGGCCGCAGCGGAGGUGACAAGAGGAGCUGGCCCUCUCCCAAGAACCGCAGGCAAGUCACUGAUGACCACUCCCCGGGCCUGAGCCUGCCCCCAGCGCCCACCACCAGCACCGUGUACCGCCUGGACCGCGUCAUCCACAGUGACCCCGCUGGCAUCCAGCAGGCCCUGGCUGAACUGGGCAGCCGUCACCCCAAGCCCGCUUCGCCUGGUCCACCCCAGCCGCUCUUCCCGGGAGCUGGAGGCAGCAGCUCUGCGCUUCCACUGGGGCGCUUUGAGGGCAGGCCUGGCAGUGGCAAAGACCCUUGCUUCUUGGACAAGACCCAGCUGUUCCACUCCAGCGGCAGCCCCUUGAAGGAGGCUGGCUCAGGGAGCGGCUUUGCUGCCAAGCGCCGGGAACGGCCUCUCAAGGCGGAUCUUCUGCAGCAGGAGCCCCUGGCCUUUCCCAGUGGCCCAGCCUUCACGGCCCCCAAGGAGGAGGCCCCCGGGGAGCCCCGCAGCAGGAGCGUCCCAGUGACAGAAGGGCUCGCCCCACAGAUCUGGAGCCAGUUGAAUUCCAGCUCCUCCCGGAAGAGCUACCGGCCUGCCUCAGUGGAGCCCUGGAUUGAUCCGCUGAAUGCCUUUGAGGAGGCCGCCAGUACGGAGAUGAGCCUGUCAGACAGCGGCGUAGAUCUCAGCAGCGACUCCCAGGUCUCCUCGGCCACCUGCAGCCAGCGCAGCUCUCCCGAUGGGGGCCUGAAGGCCACGCCGGACGCCGGGGCCAAGCGCAGCGGAGCGGUCGCCAAGCACGAUGACAUCGUGGCCUCCGUCGGGCCGGAGGGAGCGGAACCGAAAGAGAGGAGGCGGCUGCCAGCCAGAGAGUCCAGCCUGCUCAAGGAUAAGCAGGUGAGCAGUUCCCCCGAGCCGCCCCGCGAUCACCCGCCCCCCAGCGCCAUCGGCACAGAGCGUUCCCAGCGAGCCGAGAAGGCCAAAGAAAGCACUGAGGGGGUGGGCGCGGCUAAGGCCGAGCCAAGCCCCCAGCCGGAGCCCUCCAGGGCUGGCCCACCCAUCCAGUUUGGAGCCAGCGAUAAGGACGCAGAGCUCCGCUUCAUGGUGAGCGAAGGAUCGAAACCAGACAAAGAAGAGUUUCACCAGGCACUUGCCGAGGGGCUGACUUCGGCCCCCAGGGAGUGGGAGCUGCUCCCCCCGGCACCCCCCAGCCACAGGGCAUCCCCUGAGGCACCUCCCGGUCGCUCCUGUGAGCCCAAGCCUUUCCCUGUGGCUCCGGUGGCUGCCUCCUGUCUCCACGGACUGCCAGCAGACACCUCUGUCUUCUCAGGUGAGAGGGGCCAGGGCCAGCGACUGUACCCGGAGCUGUUUUAUGGGAACCAGGUCCCCACCACCCAGCUUGAGUCGCAACUCCAUGGUGCCGGAGGCGGAAGCAGCUUCCGCCCAAACACCCCUUCUCUGCACACUUACAGGUCCCAGCAUCUCUACCUGCAGCCCAGCCCAGCUCCCACCUCUCCGGCUCACACAGCAGCGGGCGCUGUGCUGCCCAGUUCUGCCUUACUUUCCGGGAUGGCCCUGAAGGGCCAGUACGUGGAGAUCUCGGCCCUGCAGGCCGCCGAGCUGCCCAAGCUGCCGGCUACGGGCCUGUUGUACCAGGCCCCUCCACCCUCUUUCAUAUACAGCUCAGCCUUCUGCGGCAGCCAGCUGGCUCCGGAGCAAGCCCUGCUUCAGGUGCGCCAGGAGCUUGCCUCUCCCUCCGAAUUCUACCCAGCCCCCCUGGGGCAAGGCAGCCAGAGCAAUUUCCUGACCGCCACCGCUCCCACCCAGCAGGUGCUGCUGCCGGUGGUGGAGCCUCCCCAGCUACCCCCCGUGAUGAACUUUGGCUCCCUGCAGCAAGCGCCACCUGCUGCCUCCGCGCCGCCACCUCCCCCCAUGCCCUUGGUGCCUGUGGGCCCUCAGGCCCUGCGGCCGCCAGGACAACUGGCCGGGCGCCUCGUCUCUCCAGCCGUGCGGGCCUUUCCUCACGGCGCAGUGGGCCGGGGCGAGCUUCACACCCUGGAAAUGAAGCCGCUGCAAGACUACCGGAAACUCAAUGGCCUGGGGUCUCCGGGGGCUCGGCCCCCCUCUGGGGGCAGGCCUUUUGCUGGAGGCUUUAACGCCAGGCUGAAACCCCCUGGGUCUGGCUACGGCGGCAUUUUCCGGGCCCAGCGCUUCGAGGUCUACCAGCAGUCUGACGUCCUUCGCUGGACCCCUCGUGCCUGGGAACGAGCACCUCAGCCCCGCGACGGACCCCCGCCCCGCCGCCUGGAGCCCGACAUCCGCCCCCACACCGACAAGCAAGACCCCGGGUUCUCCAACCACCACUAGCCCAGGAUGCUGACCCCCCCUCUCCUUUGGU